AAAUGCCGUACUUCAUUGGUUGGUUUUGCAUUAUUGCUUGCUACAAUUUGCUUAAGUUUAUGCGCCUCCAAUGAUCCCUACACAAUCCUAGGUGUACAUAAACGAGCAUCUAUGCAGGAUAUUCGUCGUGCUUAUAAACAAUUGGCCAAGGAAUGGCAUCCUGAUAAAUCUAAACACCCAGAAGCAGAAACCAAAUUUGUAGAAAUCAAGCAAGCCUACGAAUUAUUGUCUGAUACCGACCGUAGGCGAGCUUACGAUCAGUACGGAAUAACGAAUGAAGAUGCAGUACUGGAUCGAAACCGGCCUGAUAAUAGCAAUUAUGGUCGUUUUCAAGAUCCAUUUGAACAUUUUUACGGUGCACAUAACUUCAACUUUCACGAUCAAGAUAUAGGCUUGUAUCACCGUCUUUCCAUCACUACAAAAUAUUAUGAAACGAAUAUUAUGCCUAAAAGUCGUUUAACACCGCAAAUAUUAAUGUUUUAUGCUGAUUGGUGCUUUGCAUGCAUGAAAGCGGCUAAUUCUUUCAAAAAUUGAUUGAUACCCUUGAGC